AUGAAGAAACCAGAAGGAAUAGUAGAGUGUGUAUGGUAUUUUGUCGUUGCAGAUGUAGCGGCAUCGGUGGAGGUCCAUUUCGAGAACAAAGAUGGAGGAUUCUUUUUGAAGCAUACACCAAGACCUUAUUACCCAUCACGAACGGAUACGAUACCAGCGAUAGCUGCAUCGUCAACGGGUACAGGUGGAAGCGUAUCAGGAUCGUCGAACAACGCCGGUACCGUAUCAUCAUCGCCACCAGGUUCAGUCUUAUCAAUAGACAAGUUCACCGUCUUUCAAACAAGCGAGCCAGUUUCAGUACGAGCUAGUUACGGUCCCUUUAGCACGAAACAGACCGUACCAGCCCGUUAUAUCGUACCCGAUCCAUUGGAUGCAUUACCAGGACCGGAGACAAGGCGCAAUUUGACAGCGGCAACGAUAAUGGAUGCACAGGAAUUGGGUGCGAGACAUUUGGACAUGUCAGCGCAUUUGGUUGGUAAUAGCGUGCCCAGGGAUGCACCGGUCCUCAGGGUUUUGUUCCACGCUGGAAGCGAGGCCGGUGGUAGAAGACAAUUACUUUUGGCACGUCAUCAAAGAGUAUGCGUUGUCCUGCACGCUAGUUUGGCAACACCAUUAAGGAACGUUAAUAAUAAUGGAAGAAGAGAUUAUUCAAGCUCCUCGGGUUCUUCAUCGUCAUCUUCAUCGUCACCGUCAUCUUCAUCAUCUUCUUCUUCUUCUUCUUCAUCGUCAUCCAGUUCAAGUAAUUCCGUUUUAACGGCAGCAUGCAGUCCGGACGGUGAAAACGGAGUUUGUUUGGCCCAAAUAACAAUACCUGCAAACUGGUGGGCACCAUUACCGCCUCCGGAUUCUUCCGGGCGCGUCAAGGUCGCCAAGACUUUACCAAGACUCGUACAGGUAGCUUAUUCCGUAUUGGAACCUCGUACCGAGGAGGUUGCCUCAGGUAAUUCAGACAAUGGGGCGGCAGCUUUCUGUCGGCCUCGAGUACAAAUUCAACCGGUGACGCCAUUAGGCCAAGUACCCCUUGCGCCCAAUCGUGCGGCCUACAAAGAACUCAAGACCGAUGAUUCUCUGACGUUACUUGUACCACAUGGCCCGUUGUAUCCAAGAUCAAGGCUACACGUUCCGGCUUUCCUGCAUCCGGUCAAAUUGUCAGAUGAUCUCAAACAGUCAUUCGUCAAAACCGUCAUUCUAAGAGCACGAGUGAGGUCCGGUAUAAAAAUCUUGGACGCAUCGUCUAGCAGCCCCGAUUGGGAAGUCAAAGUGGAAAUAAAUGCGAAAAAUACGGCGGCCACUUUCACAGCUAAGCGAAAGGAAGACGCUUUGAGAAUGCCAAACGCAUCGGCCGAGGAAAUAUUGACGAUGUUAUUGGAAGCAAGCGAGGAAGGGAUUAGUGGCAACUGGGAUGGUGGAAAGAUUGUCUGGAGCGUUCGUUACGGGUUCGAGAAAGAUGAGCUUGAAAAGGAAAAGGAAAAUGGUUCGCAAUUAUCAUCAGGUGUUAUCGAUCAUCAACAACAACAGCAACGUUUACAACAGACACGACAAAUGCAGCAGUACCAUCAUCAUCACCUCGAUAACGAAAAAAUUAACGCGUUUCGUCAUAUCGAGAAACGGAAACUUCAGGCACGUUUGGAAAUACAAAAGGACGACAUACAAGCAGUUUUACCGAUCUCCAAGAACUGGGAAAUUAUGAAUACGGCGGUGCUGACGGGACGACAAGUGUCACAGGGGAUGAAGGUAUUCAUCGUCAGUCAAGCCGGUACCGUGGCCGACGUCACUUUGCAAUCUUCCUGUCAUUCCGAGGACGAAAGUGUACUUAAGGUUUCCUCUUCGUGCAGCAGCGUUUACGUCGACGGCUCGGAAAUACGUGGCUCUAGUAACGCCUCGGUUUUGGUUAAAUACGGCACAUACACCGGCCUAGCUAAGUUCACAGUUUGGAUGCCAGAAUUUCCAUUGGAAGUUACGGUUAGCGAUACGAGAUUGAGUCAGAUCAAGGGAUGGAAAGUACCCGAAGAACACGCCAUGGGUGCCAAAAGUAAACGUAGCUUGAACGGGACGAGUUUAUCGAAAAGCGAAUCUAAGAAUCCGUCGGUUAGGACGAUAAAGAGGAGUGCUAUAGCAACAGAAUUAGAGGAUUCUAUGGAGGACACCUCGAUGGACGUUGAGGAUCCUGAUAUCGUAUUGGAAGAGGACGAACAGGAAGAACGUUUUCGUGGAAACGAUCACGGAUGGGAUACUAUCAACUCGAUCGAUAGAAACCCAACGACCAAUUGUCGAUUGCGUUUUCAACAAAGUCCUAUUGAAGUUCAUUCAAGAUUUCUAGCUUCGGAUCACGAUUCCGGCAGAGUGUCCUAUUUCGUUAAUCGUCGUACUUGGUUACGCGUGACCGAUCUUGUGGUUAGUAUGCUUCGCGUGUCCGACCCAAGAAUAGCCACACUUUUGCAAGGUAGAAUCGUCCAAGGUCGAAGCGUCGGUAGAACGGAAGUUCAAGUUCUUUCGCCAAUAACUGGUCGAGUAAUAGGCGCUAAAGAAGUCCGCGUUGGGAAUGAUCGGGUUUCGGUUUCUCGAUUAACGGUGAAAGUUGUCUCGGGUCUUCAAUUGAGUAUCAGUCCGGACACGGCUAUUGAAAAUGGUUACGUUGCCGAAACUUCUGUCACUAGACGAUUGACCGCGCAAUAUCAGGAAGGUCUGCUAGACAUAGACGUUGAAUUUUCCGACGGAUCUCGUACACCCUUGAGAGAAAUAGCUGUUAGCGAUUAUCAUUUGCUUGUUGAAAGUCUCGAUCCGGAAGUGGUAGCUUUCGCGCCAAUGGUGGCAUCCCAUCAUCCCCGUGUAAUCGCCGUUGGCGAAGGUAGAGGCGACCUUUUGAGGGUUAGCCUUCAAUUGGCCGACGCCUGUCGUCUUUCCGGAAGAAGAUCGGGCAAAGCAUCACAAAGAGCGUCAGUUGCUUCUCUGGCAAGUGCAUCGGCCAACGUUGAAGUGGAUUUCUCUUCGAGCGACCUGGCAAAUCGACCGGAAUUUGUCCAAAACGAUGGCGGAGGCACGGUUGGUGGUUCCCAUCAUCAUCGAGAAAGGAAAACGAAUCGGGGCGAGAUGGCACCUGAUCUACAUGACAUUCUUAUCGGGUUACCGCUGAAAGACGAGAACGAGCACGAGCACGAGCCUCUGGUGCAGGCGCGGCAGCACCUCACGGCUAUAGCUAAUGGCAUGUCUUCAGGAGGAAUGGGCGGUGUCGGGAUAAGGCAUCAAGGGGCAUCCCGCAUGAGUCCACUCGAGAUUGGGAUGUACGUCCUGCUUGCUGCCUUUUGCUUCGCGAUCGUCGUCUUCGUCGUAUCCUGCGUCGUCUACGCGAGCAAGUUCAAGCCACAAUCGCCGGACUCCCCGCUGACCGGUGGUGCCCUUCCUGUUCUAUCCGGUGCAGCUAGGGCCAGGGCAGCAGCCAAUCAACUCGCUUCGAGUAGAAGACCUCCCAGGGAAUCAACGACCAACGCGCACGAUUGGGUUUGGUUAGGACGGGCCACCCUCGAACGUGCCGCUUGUGGUCCUCAACAGGUCCACGUUACCAGCAAUCCUCUCGCCGGUGACGUCGAGGUCGACCAACCAGAAUUAGGUACUUGUUUCGACAAUCCAAAUCAUAUCGAACUUCCAUCGGCGGUUCAACAACGAUCUAACACCGCCGGUCCCAUCGAUACUACGACCUAUUGCAAGAGGGACAAAUUGACACGAAAUAGCUUCGCGGUUAAAUCCACGCCGAUUAAACCCGUACCUGUUAACAACGUGACUGCACCGAACGUGUCCACAGCAGGCUCACUGUUGGCGACUACGCGUAACGAUAACGAGGACGUGCCACCGCCUUUACCACCCCACGGAGUACCAACGAAUUCUACCGUAUCUGUUACGGUACCUAUGACACUCGCUGUAACGGCUACUCCAAUAAAUCCCAACAACAUCAACAACAACAACAACAAUGGUAACGAGGAUUAUAAGCCACCUGUACCACCGCACAGAAAUACCGGGGUGAUCGUUAGGCUGCCAGAAACACCUAGGAAGCAUCGUCAUCGUGCAUCUAGCGGCGGUAGCACGGGACAUCACGCUAAUCAUCGGCACAAUGUUAACAAACAACUCCAACAAAGUAACGUUGUUAAACCGUUAACAACGCAGCAACAUGGAAAAGGCAGAGCGAACAGUCCAAAGGAGAACGGUGAGGAAGAGGAGGAGUUCGUUGAAUUGGUCAAUCCUGACGACAAACAACAGCAACAGCAACAACAGCAACAACAACAGAAUCCUUACUCAAAAGAGGCAAGGUCCAGAGAAAUAAAAAGGGCGACGAUAGUAGGAAACCCAAUGUUCUCCUCGUUAUCAACGUCAGCCGUUGCAUCUUCUGUUAACGCUUCCACCCCGACAAUUGCCUCCUCAUCGUCAACCUCCCCGCCGUCAACGUCACCGUCCUCCAACAGUUCCUCCUCCACCACCUCCUCCUCAUCAUCAACGGCGUCCUCAUUAUCUUCCCAGGAGCAGGAGGAGUCCGUCGCAUUGGAAGACCUUAAUCUCGGUAUGGAUUAUCACCAGAUCAUGCACUAUUUCGACAAUUUGAAGGAAUCGAACGCCUAGGUAAAAGAGUCCGACCUCUUCGAAGGUCGACCAUAGAGUAGUCAACGUCACUGAUACGAAACUAAACUUGGUCGUCGCGUGUCCGUUUAUCAUAUUAUUAUUCUUCCGAUCUUAUAUAUUAUAAUAUAUGAGCUCUUCAUCUCGUCAAAGUAUCUUCUCGAAAAUAAAAGAAGAAAGGAACAAGAUCAAAUAUUUGGGAUUGGCCUUGACGAGACGUGGUUGCUCUAACACCUAGCCCCCACUCACCCCGCGGCCCCGAUUGUAAAGCUCGUAUCCCCGCGCGCGCGAAAAAAAAAAAAACAAAAA